AUGAUGAUGAUCAACAUCCCAAAAAAAGACAAGCUGAAGAAGGAACAAUGGGAAGAUGAUGCACAAGUCACUGAAAGUUCACAGAUACAACAGCAACAUGAUGUCGUGGAAAAACAGUUUGACCAUGUUAAAGCUUUACUGCAGGCAAAUCAAUUAUUGACAGAAGGGCUUCGAACAAAAUUGCUUCAGAUAUGGUGCAAUGUACGUAAAAAUCAAGCAGGAGAAUCUCUGGAUGAUGAGAUGAGUGAAGAUGGCACAGAGAGCCUUGACGUAUUUUCUGGGGAGGAAUCAUCUGUGGCCAGUGGACGUGUUGGGGCUUUAUUGAACAAGCAACAAAGCAGUGUGGUAAAGUUACCCAUGGACAAUGGACAGACUGAAGGAGCGAAUGGACACACUGAAAUAAGCCACUUAGAGCACAAUGUGAAUUGCUUCACUGACCAUAUUCCAAUCACACAACUGCAGGUUGGGACUAGGUGCUUAGAAGGAGAAGUGGCAGAUCUAGAAAAGGACUUUGAGCAACACUGUGUGGUUCCUAAAGAGCAGAUCGCAAGUCCUAAGUAUGCUAGUUCCAAAACAGAAACUGUGGACCGAACAUCACAUACAGAACAGCUGGUUACUCACUUGGAAAGUACCACAAACAAAAUGCGAGAAUAUAACCAGAAGAUCAUGCCUGCAAAAGGCACAAUCGAAGAUACUGCAGAGACGGUGAAGGGUAGGUUGCAAAAAGUUCAGUGGCAGCUGUCAGAAAUCGAGGAGGCCAACAGGAGUCUUCACUUUCAAAUCAUAAAACUGAAUACCGAUUACAGUCAAAUCCAGGAAUUUCACCAAUCUAUGACUGGUGACAACAAAACCUCAGCAAACCAGCGUGUUGAUUUGCAAGCAAAUUUCAACAAUACGGCAGAAGAGAACGAGCAAAUGCUGCAAGUAAUAACCAAACUGGAGACGAGAAUAGAAGCAACACUUUUAAACUUAACUGAGAUCAAAAUGGAAAAAAAUUGCUUGGAACGGCAAUUCCGGUCCUUAAAAGAUGUGUACAACAGCCAGAGAGGAGGAAGAAUCGCAGAGAAGGAGCAGUUCAAAGACUGUGGUAAAGCCCUCAGCGAGGGUCAAGUCUUGCGGGCACGUCCCGACAGGGAGCACGUCCGCACGCAGAACCUGAAGCAGGAUAUAGCCGCGGUGAGAAGUGAGAACCACCGACUUCAACGGGUCACUGAGGAGGAGAUUAAGAAAAGUAAACUGGUCAUGGCAGACGCCAAGAGGUGGAAGAAAGAAUGUCACAAACUCACAGCGGAGCAUCAGGAGAAAGUACGCUCUCACUAUCAUUCUGUUGUUUGUGGAUAG